UGUAAAGGCGCACUUGGGUCUGCACAUGCGCGCUAGCUUCUUCUUCUGAGGGGAAAGGAAAGGCAGCAAACGCCGAGUUGAGUCCGAGUGAAAAGAAAAAUAAUAAAGUGCCUUUCUCCUUCCCUAUCACGUGCGGGAUUUCUUUUUGUAUACUACACAACAACAUGGCCUCGGCUUCGAAAUCCUUCCUUGCCGACGCCGGCUAUGGCGAACAAGAACUGGACGCAAACUCCGCCCUCAUGGAGCUGGAUAAAGGUCUUCGAUCUGGCAAACUUGGGGAGCAGUGUGAAGCUGUUGUCCGUUUUCCCAGACUUUUUCAGAAGUAUCCAUUCCCGAUUCUAAUUAACUCAGCAUUUUUAAAGCUUGCUGAUGUUUUCAGAGUUGGAAACAACUUCCUGAGACUCUGCGUUCUGAAAGUUACUCAGCAGAGUGAGAAACACUUGGAGAAGAUCUUGAAUGUGGAUGAGUUUGUGAAAAGAGUUUUCUCAGUUAUUCACAGUAACGAUCCAGUUGCACGUGCCAUCACACUCAGGAUGUUGGGUAGCAUGGCAUCUAUAAUUCCAGAAAGGAAGAAUGCACACCACAGUAUUCGCCAAAGUCUGGAUUCUCAUGAUAAUGUAGAGGUUGAAGCUGCUAUUUUUGCUGCAGCUAAUUUUUCUGCUCAGUCCAAAGAUUUUGCUGGAGGAAUAUGUAACAAAAUCAGUGAAAUGAUUCAAGGUUUAGCUACUCCAGUGGACUUGAAGCUGAAGCUGAUUCCCAUCCUGCAGCAUAUGCACCAUGAUGCCAGCCUGGCCUCUGGGGCUCGCCAGCUGCUUCAACAGCUGGUGACAUCCUACCCGUCCACCAAGAUGGUCAUUGUUACUUUGCACACCUUUACCUUGCUUGCUGCAUCCUCUCUGGUAGAUAUCCCUAAACAGAUACAGCUCUUGCUGCAAUACUUAAGGAGUGACCCAAGAGAAGCUGUAAAGAGGCUUGCUAUCCAAGAUCUAAAACUGUUAGCAAAUAAAACUCCACAUACAUGGAGCAGAGAGAAUAUUCAGGUACUUUGUGAAUGUGCCCUUCAAACCCCUUAUGACAGUUUGAAACUAGGCAUGCUGUCUGUUCUUUCCACACUGUCAGGGACAAUAGCCAUCAAGCAGUACUUCAACACUGGUCCAGGAGUGACAGCUGCUUCAUCAAGAUCAUCUGAUUUAAUCAAACUAGCACAGGAGUGUUGUUACCACAAUAAUCAGGGCAUUGCUGUUCAUGGAGUACGGGUUCUGACAAAUAUUGUUGCUUCCUGUCAGGAAAAAGAUCUUCUGCCAUUGGAGCAAGAUGCAGUCUUUGGCCUUGAAUCUCUUCUUGUUCUUUGUAGUCAAGACAGCAGCCCAGGCACUCAAGCAACCUUAAAGAGAGCACUCACUUGUAUGGUGAAGCUGGCCAAGUGUCGCCCCCAUCUCAGCCAGUCCAUUGUCGAGUCCUUGUUGACACAGCUGCACAGCACUCAGGACGCGGCCCGGAUCCUCAUUUGCCAUUGCUUGGCAGCCAUUGCCAUGCAGUUGCCAGUUUUAGGGGAUGGUAUGCUGGGAGACUUGAUGGAUCUCUAUAAAGUGAUUGGACGGUCGGCUUCUGACAAACAGCAAGAGCUUUUGGUCUCUCUUGCUACAGUGAUAUUUGUUGCCAGUCAAAAGAGCUUAUCCUCUGAUGUGAAAACUGUUAUCAAACAACAGCUUGAAAAUGUCUCCAACGGAUGGACAGCUUACAGGAUAGCCAGACAAGCUUCCAGAAUGGGUAACCAUGGCAUGGCCAAAGAGCUCUAUCAAAGCUUGCUGACUCAGGUUGCUUCAGAACAUUUCUACUUUUGGCUGAACAGUUUGAAGGAGUUCUCCAAUGCAGAGCAAUGCUUAACUGUGCUGCAAGAGGAUGAUUACAGUUCAGCACUCUCUUGUAUUGCUGAAUCGCUAAAAUCUUAUCACAAAGGAAUAGCAUCCUUAACAGCUGCCAGCACCCCACUUAACCCUUUGAGCUUCCAGUGUGGAUUUGUCAAGCUCAGGAUUGACCUUCUCCAGGCCUUCUCUCAGCUCAUAUGCACCUGCAACAGUCUGAAGACUAGUCCACCACCUGCCAUUGCCACAACAAUUGCCAUGGCCUCGGGUAGCGACCUCCAACGGUGUGGACGGAUUUCAAACCAGAUGAAACUCUCCAUGGAAGAAUUCCGGAACUUAGCUACCAGAUACGGAGAUCUCUAUCAAUCAUCCUUUGAUGCAGACUCAGCAACUCUGAGGAAUGUGGAGCUACAACAGCAGAGUUGCUUGUUGAUAUCACAUGCAAUUGAAGCCCUGAUCUUAGAUCCUGAUUCUGCAAGCUUUCAGGAAUAUGGUUCUGCUGGAAUGGCGCAUGCUACAAGUGAAUAUGAAAGAAGAAUGAUGUCUGUAUUCAGUCAUGUGUUGGAGGAAGUGGAAUCACUGAACAGAAAAUAUACCCCUGUAUCGUACAUGCACACAGCUUGUCUAUGCAGUGCAGUCAUUGCCUUGCUGAAAGUCCCCUUGUCAUUUCAGAGGUAUUUUUUCCAGAAGCUACAGUCAACUAGCAUUAAGCUUGCUUUGUCCCCAUCUCCACGUAACCCUGCUGAACCCAUUGUUGUUCAGAAUAACCAACAACUGGCCUUAAAAGUGGAAGGAGUGGUUCAGCACGGCUCCAAACCAGGCCUUUUCCGCAAAAUUCAAUCUAUCUGCCUAAAUGUAUCUUCAACACUGCAGACCAAAUCUGGCCAAGACUACAAGAUGCCCAUUGAUGGUUUGACAAAUGAGAUGGAGCAGAUGGUUGAGCCCCAUAAUGAUUACUUCAGCACACAGUUCCUCUUGAACUUCGUACUUGUUGGCACCCAUUGUAUCACAGUGGAGUCCUCUGUUAAAGAUCUCAAUGGUAUUAUAUGGAAGACGGGGCCCAAAACCACUCUUUUGAUUAAGUCUCUUGAAGAUCCGUACUCACAGCAAAUCCGACUUCAGCAGCAGCAAGGACAGCAGUCGUCGCAGCCACCACAGCUGCCUCAGUCUCAGCCGCGAACAGCAUAUUCCCGCUUUUAGCUCUCCAUCAUCGUGCAAGUCAGAAGCAUUCCAUGGAUCUAGUUGAUGCCAUUUGCGCCUCAAGAUGUCCCCCUUUCUUUUUUGAGGGCGACACGACUUGCUACAUACAAAUGCUCCCACUCUCCUUGUUUUUCUUAGGCCCAGUUCUCACCUGUAAAAUAGGGACUGAUUCUGCAUAGAUCCAGAACCAUCUCCAUGUGACAAACUAGUUGGUGGGAUGGUUUGCCAUGGAGUUCCAGCGAAUUCCACUGUCAUUUAAUUUGCGGUUUGGACUAUUGUGGGGAAAAUUGCAAAAACUGAGUAAAAGCUUAAUUGUAUUUUUAAACAAGAUUCUAAGAAGAUUCUUAUGACUCUUCUCAUGUGGAGCGGCAUGGAAUGGAGAGGACUGAAUCUACCCAGAAAUGUUGGCUUAGCCACACAAGUAUCUGAUCCUGCCAUUGUGAAAUGUAUGUUUGAGAUGUGAUUCAAUCUUGUCAGAUUGUGUAAUCCAGCCAAUCACCUAGGCUUGAUAUGGACUUUUCCAUCAACCUCACAAAAAUCUUCUAUGAACUGGUGCUUUAAUGAACACUCCCCAUCUGUAUAUCACCAGUGAGAGUUCCCCCUUGGACAAUAGUGAGUCACCAGGGAUGUCUGAGAGAACUGUCUGGUUUACAUGCUGCAUAGUGCCUUUUUGAGCCAUUAAGUGGCUACUUCUGGAGCAGUAUGAAUUCUAAUGCUACAUUGGAGCUCUCAGUUCAGGUGAAGAUUUAUGUGUAUGUCAAACUCGGACUGUUCUCAGUGUUACACAAUGCCUCUGCAAAUGUAGAAGGUUUGGUACAAAUACCCAGACAUCCUCUCUGCAUAACUGUAAAUAAUCCCAUUAACUGUUGCUGAGCUAAAAAAAGGACAGUGUAUCCUUCCAGUUAUUGAGAAUAGUGUCCUUGUAUGCUUCUAAAUCUUAUGGCUAGACUCUUCACUUGCUUUAUAUAACAAAAAUAUUUGGGGGUAUCCAUGUUUAUAUAACAGUGCUAUGGAAAUGCCAGCUGAAAAACAAGAUUAUCUAGUUUUACAGGAAAUGACAUUUUAGGUCAUGGGAGGGGUUUUCCAUCUCUAAAGGAAAUAAAAGGCCAAAUUGGUUUCAUCUCUGAAGGGUGGGAAAGCUUUGUGCUAGACAAAUAAAAAAGUUGGUGUAUAAAACUUUGAGCAUAAAGGGCAUAUACACACAUAUUGUUGUCAGUGCUUUUGAGAGAAGGAUUUCUUUGGAGCGAAAGCACACCAGAACCAAGUUUGACCUUUCAAUAGAUGUGGACUCUAACUCCCACCAUCCUCCAACCAGUUGGGAAGAUGUUUCUAAAGUAAAACAAUGUUUACAUAGACCUGCACACUUUGCCCACACACUAUAAUUUAAAGGGGAUAUACUUUAUGGUGGAUUUCUGAAUAAUCUCAUCCAGGGGCCCCUAUAAGGUCUUUUUUAUUUUUUAUUUUUAAUAGAAUUUUAUUUUAAAAUUGUACAACACCCACAAUCCACAUUACAAACACAUACAUAGACAACCUGCCACCCACAAUACAAUUACCCCUCAACCCACCACCUGUGCGACCCACCACCUUGACUCCUGACACUGAACUACACAGAGUUUAUGCAUAAUUUUAUUUAACCCCCUGUGCUUCUGGAUUAAUAAAUUCCCCUUGCUUUUAUUUCUUAAAUUCCCCCGUCAGAUAUGCUAAGGCCAGCUUCCAAUUUCUUUCAAAAACUUCAUGACUCUCAUGUUUGAGAUUUCUAGAAGUCUUGGCCAUCUGUGCAUAAUCCCACAAUUUAUCCUUCCAAUGUUUAAUACUUAAUGUUUUUUUGCCUUUCUAGUCACUAGCCAUUGUUAUGCGUGCAGCCGCAAAACUACAAGCAGAUUUGUCUUUCUGGCUGCACUAGUUAAUCACUGAAUAACCCUAAUAGGCACAUUCCUGAAUUUUUUUUUAUUUUGUUGUGGAUCAUUUUAUUUGUUUCUUUUAUGAUUUUUUCCAGUAGACCUGCACCAAUUCACAAGACCACCAUAUGUGAAAAAAGGCCCCUUUCUGUAUUUUACACCUCCAACAGCAUCCUGAUUGCGAUUUGUCUAUUUUGGCUAGUAGAGCUGGGGUUGUGUAACAUCUGUAAAACAUUUUAUAUAAAUUGUCUCUUAUUGAAGCCGCCACUGUAAAUUUGAAGCAUUUUUUCCACAAGUUCUCCCAGUUAUCAGUCUAUGUUUCUCCCUAGAUCUUUUGCCCAUGAAAUCAUGCAGGUUUUUACUCAAUCGUCUUCCAGGUUGUAACCUAGAAUAUGUUUAUAUAGUCUGUCUAUUAAACCUUUUUUUCCUUUGUCUA